GUCAUUAUUUUCAAUUAUUUUUUCGAAUUGGACGAAAGGAGUUGAAUUCGUCUUUUCAUGAUUUAAAUUACAAUAACCAUGGCUAAUACAGGCUUAUUGCCAUUUGUACGUGGUGUAGACUUCACAUGCAAUGAUUUCAGCGAUGAAAAAUUCCCAGAUGCUAUUCGAUAUAUGACAGGGCUUCAGUGGUUGAGGCUAGACAAAACAAAUUUGACUGAAGUGCCGGAGGAAUUAGGAAAACUUAUGAAAUUGGAGAAUCUCUCAUUGAAAAAUAAUAAUCUGGAAAAGUUAUUUGGUGAGCUGACAGAGUUGAAAUGUUUGAGAUCUCUCAAUGUGAGGAGAAACCGAGUGAAAAGUUCGGGAAUUCCUGCGGAACUGUUCCGAUUGGAGGAGUUGACUACACUGGACUUGUCCCAUAACAGACUGAAGGCUGUCCCUGAAGGCCUGGACAAAGCCAAAUCAUUACUUGUACUGAAUCUCAGCCAUAAUAAGAUUGAAAGCAUACCGCCUACACUUUUUGUCCAACUGACAGAUCUUCUAUUUCUUGACUUAUCUGACAACUUACUGGAGACCUUGCCACCUCAGACGAGGAGGCUGGCGAACCUGCAGACUCUGAUACUUAACGACAACCCAUUGGGGCUCUUCCAACUACGGCAACUCCCUUCCCUCCAAAGCUUGGAGACCCUACACAUGCGAAACACGCAGCGCACACUAGCCAAUCUCCCAACCUCACUGGACACACUAUCAAACCUCUCUGACGUGGAUCUCUCUAAGAACGCCCUUACAAAAGUACCCGAUGCGCUAUACUCGUUGCUCGGACUGAAGAGGCUUAAUCUUAGCGACAAUGAAAUCACAGAGGUGUCACAAGCCAUCGACAACUGGCAGAAGCUAGAAAGCCUGAACCUAUCCCGCAACAAACUGACGAGCCUCCCGGCGACUCUGUGCAAACUCCUCAAUCUGAAGCGAUUGCAUGUAGAUGACAACCAGCUGGACUUCGAGGGCAUACCAUCGGGAAUAGGCAAGCUGUGUAGCAUGGAGGUGUUCUCCGCGGCUAACAACCUGUUGGAGAUGAUCCCUGAAGGAUUAUGCAGAUGCGGCUCCCUCAAGAAACUAAACCUCAGCUGCAACAAGCUUAUCACGCUCCCCGACGCCAUCCACCUCCUCAGCGACCUCGAAAGCCUCCAGCUCCACGGGAACCCAGACCUGGUCAUGCCGCCCAAGCCUGUCGAGCGAGUCCGCGGCUCCGGGCUAGCUUAUUACAACAUCGACUUUUCACUGCAAGCGCAGUUGCAGUUGGCCGGGGCCGCUACGUCAGAGCCUGUCACACCUAGCAGUGUAAAAUCGGACCCGAUCGCGCGCAAGCUUCGUUUGCGUCGCGGCCGCACCGAGGCCACGGGGGGCGAGCGCGAGUCCGCUAUGAUACUCCGCGGCAUGCAGGAGCAGGCCAACACGCAAGCCAACGUCGAGUUACCUCCCAACAGCGAGCUCAAGCCUAAACGCUGGGACGAGAGCUUAGAAAAGCCGCCGCUGGACUACUCUGAGUUCUUCGACGAGGAUACGGGGCAGACGCCCGGGCUGCAGGUCUGGGAGAUCGAGAACUUUAUACCGGCGCCCGUGGAAGAGGUGGCGCAAGGCAAGUUCUUCGAGGGAGAGUGUUAUAUCAUUCUGAAGACGGCGCUGGAGGAGCAAGGGCAGCUCACGUGGGAUAUCCAUUUCUGGAUUGGAUCUAAGGCCACGCUGGACAAAGGCGCAUGCGCGGCCAUGCACGCCGUUAACCUGCGCAACCUGCUCGGCGCCAAGCGCACGCAGCGCCACGAGCAGGGCGACGAGUCCGAGGAGUUCCUCGCUCUCUUUCCCACACCGCCCGUCUACAUCCAGGGCGCGCACACCGCUUCCGGCUUCUUCACCGUGGACGAACCGCGCUACGUGACCCGUCUAUACCGAGUGCACGCGCACGGCAGCGGCGUCCACUUGGUACCUGUCGAAGUGUCCGCCGCCUCGCUCGAUCCUCGCCACGUGUUCAUACUGGACACCGGCCUCAUUAUAUACCUGUGGUACGGUAAAAAAGCGAAGAACACCCUCAAGUCUAAGGCGCGCCUGUUCGCAGAGAAGAUAAACAAGGAAGAGAGGAAGAACAAGGCCGAGCUUAUAGCGGAGCCGCCGGGCAAGGAACCUAAAUCUUUCUGGCAGACUUUAGGAUAUGAGGGCGACGCGUUUGUACCAGAGGAGCACGUGCCAGCAGACUUCAGCUGGCUCCCCCCUCGCCUCUACCGCGUUGAGCUCGGUAUGGGCUACCUCGAGUUACCACAACCCGAGGCAGCUCCACUGGCGCGAGGCGUUCUAGCUACUCGCAAUGUGUACAUACUGGACGCGCAUCGCGACGUGUUCGUGUGGUUCGGCAAGAAGUCUUCCCGGUUAGUGCGCGCGGCGGCCGUGAAGCUAGCGCAGGAGUUAUUCAACAUGGUGGAGCGUGUGGAGUACGCUCUCGUCACGCGCCUGCAAGAAGGCACCGAGACACAGAUAUUCAAGACAUAUUUCCUGGGUUGGGAGGAGGUGAUCGCAGUAGACUUCACGCGCACGGCCGAGUCGGUGGCGCGCACCGGCGCCGACCUCGCCAGCUGGGCCAAGCGACAAGAAACCAAAGCGGACUUAUCAGCGCUCUUCACACCGCGUCAGCCAUCAAUGCCAGCGGCCGAAGCCAAGACGCUCGCCGACGAAUGGAACGAAGACCUCGAAGCCAUGGAGGCGUUCGUACUUGAAGGACGGCACUUCGUACGCUUACCUGACUCCGAGCUAGGCGUGUUCCACUCGCAGGACUGCUACGUGUUCCUGUGCCGGUACAUCCUGCCUGCGCCGGAAGACGAAAGCGAGAGCUCUAACGGCGACGAAGAAGGAGACGCGGACGCGGUCACGUGGGUGGUGUACUUUUGGCAGGGCCGGCGCGCGCCCAAUAUGGGCUGGCUGACGUUCACGUUCGGUCUCGAGCGCAAGUUCAAGCAGCUCUGUAAGCGGCUGGAGGUGGUGCGGACGCACCAGCAGCAGGAGAGCCUCAAGUUCAUGUCGCACUUCCACCGGCGGUUCAUCAUACGGGACGGCAAGAGGAACCAGCCGCCGGAGGGCGGCAAGCAGCCCGUGGAACUGUUCGAGUUGCGCAGUAACGGGUCCGCGCUGUGCACGCGCCUCGUCCAAGUGAAGGCUGAUGCGGCGCAGCUGAACAGCGCUUUCUGUUACAUCUUAAACGUGCCGCUAGAGGGCUCAGACGACACUUCGUCAGCCAUAGUAUACGCGUGGAUCGGCAGCAAAGCUGACGCGGACUCCGCCCGUCUCAUCGAGCAUAUCGCCGAGCAAAAGUUCAACAGUCCCUGGGUCAGCCUGCAGGUGUUGACCGAGGGCAGCGAGCCGGACAACUUCUUCUGGGUGGCGCUGGGCGGCCGUAAGGAAUACGACACUGAUGCAGAUUUCCUCAACUACACGAGGCUGUUCCGCUGCUCCAACGAGAAGGGAUACUUCACCGUCUCUGAGAAGUGCACCGAUUUCUGCCAGGACGACCUGGCGGACGACGACAUCAUGAUCCUGGACAACGGCGACCAGGUGUUCCUGUGGCUCGGCGCCAAGUGCUCCGAGGUCGAGAUCAAGCUCGCCUACAAGUCCGCUCAGGUAUACAUCCAACACAUGAAGACCCUUCAGCCCGAGCACCCGCGCAAGCUGUUCCUGACGCUCAAGAACAAAGAGUCUCGCCGGUUUACCAAGUGCUUCCAUGGCUGGGGCGAGCACAAGAGGCCUCCCGAGUAAAUUGUAUGAGACAACACAAAAUAGACCUAAAGUAGGUUCUUAACCUUUAGGGCUCAUUUAGACGAUGCGUUGCGAUGACGAAUUGGACGUAACCAACAGUCCGCAAUGUAACUAAAAUCGCAUGCGAGUAUCGUGCGUCGUCUAAAUCAGCCCUUAUAAGAGAACACUCAACAAAAUUACUUUUAAAAUACCUAUGAAGAACAUAGGUUUUUUUUAUAAAUUUGCAGAUCAGUACCUACUAUAAUGUAUGAUGAAUGGUUGGAAAGCCAUGGGUAAAGAACCACUGGUCUACAAUGAUUGUGGGCGUACAAGAUUUUGAAUAGCCAUUCAUUUCCUGAUUAUAUUCUCCUGUCUUUACCCCAAAAACAGAGCUCUGAAAAGAUAAUUCGAAAUACAAAUUUGAAUCCUUGUUGUUUUGUUCAUCCCUUUCACUUUUAGUCUCAUUUGCUUAAUGCCUUGUCUUCAAAAUUGUUCCCUUAAAUUUAGUAAAUAAAACUGUAUUCGAAUAAUUAGAAUACAUUUACAUUAUGCCUAUUAAAACUAUUCUUAUUUCUAAAUUUUAGAGCAAAAAUGUUACAGGUAUUUAAGCGGACGUUUUGAGAAUGGGGUAUUUUUUUUAAUGAGAUAUUUUGCAAAAGGGACGUUAAACGUGUGGGUCAUUAUGCGCCCUAUUCCUAAAAACCCACCUUCUGAAUAUAAUCAAUAUUUCGCUUUAUUUUAACCUGUUUUCACGUAGUUAAUUCCUUCAUAUCAUUAUGUAUAAUUAUUUCAACAGUAUAUUAUGAUUUUAUGAUUCGAAGUUUAGGUACUUUCACCUUUUGAACGCCAAACGGCGCAUCCAUUUGCCGUGGCACUGACGCCACGGGGGUAAAAUUUAGUUUUGUGAAUGGCAACCUAAAUGUGGGGUGUCUUUCAGUAGAUUUUCAUCGAAAAACGAUCGACGUCUAAUGCCGUCUUUGGCGUCGUUGUCACGAUUUUGCGUUGACGUCGAUUGCCGUCUGUGGCGUUCAAAAGGUUAAGUUUUGCGUGGUUAUGCCUCAUAAUCGUAAAAGCUGGUCUUGUUCCUUAUAUUCAGAGUAAAGUGCCAAUUGUCCAUGUCCAGCCUAGGUUUUUGUUAAAUGCUUUACUGACACUACAUUAUUCCUCAUGGUAGUAAUUUUACAAUUUUAAAAUAUAUAAGGCAAUUUCCUCACGCAUAUGCUCGCUCUGUGUGGACCUGGCUAAUAAACCAGGUCACUAUUAUUGUAUCAUGGUUAUCAAGGACUGGCUAGAAAAUGCAAAGCCUAAAUUUGUUGCCGUCCAAAUGUUUUUGAUCUUUAUUGGGAAUCAGUAUUAGAUUUCAUGUAACAAUCGCCUUGAAAAUGAUAAUAUAUAAGUAUUUUUAGUUUCAGUAGAGAUUUGCACAAUUUUCAAUUAUGAUGUCCAACUGGGCUUCCAUAAAAGACAUUAGCAAGGAAUCAGAUAUUUGAUAGCAAUGAAAGACUGAAUCAUGCCAUUUAUAAAGUCAUUUUAUUUGUCAUCUUCACUUAAAAUAUUAAGCACAAGUAUGAGAUUGAGAUUAUACCCUAAUGCUACUGGGUGUAACAGUGACUAGCAUAGAAGAGAUUUCUUUUUGUGUACUCUGUGACAAGUAUGCAUUUGUUAUAAUGCAUUUACAUAUGUAUCAAAUUCUAACAAUUAAUUUAAAUGUACAUAGGAAUAUUUUUGAAUUUAAUAUAAAUUGAUUUUCAUCCUGUAAUCAUGUAAAUAAGAUUUAAUUUAUUAAAGAGUAAAAUUUCAAAUGUCAUGAUUGAUGUGCAAUAACAGUUUUAAAUAAAGCAGUUUAGCACAAAUUAUAUCACCCAUUUAAUGUAGCUUUUGUAACAAUUGUAUCAUAAAAUCUAUUAAUAAAGUAAAUAAACUGUUAAAAGGCA